AUGGAAAGCUUCAGCGAAAAGGAAGGCAUUACCCUCCAUUCAUUUUAUGGUCGCACGAUUACUCGAUAUGAUAACGUUGUUGUGAAAACCGGCCAUCUUCGAUCUCACGAGGCACCAACCCUCCAGUUCAUAGCGACGGCAACGACGAUUCCUGUACCGAAAAUUCAUGACGUUCAUUACGACGGAGACAAAGUCGUGGCUAUUGUGAUGGAUUACAUACCAGGCAAGCGGCUUGAUGAAGCUUGGGACGAAUUAGACUCGCAUCAGAAACUCUCUAUUGCGAAUGAACUCCAUUCCUAUAUGGAGCAACUCCGUGCUUUGAAAGGGGAUUAUAUUGGAGCAAUCAACCGCGGCCAAGCUAUUAUUGGUCAAAUUGCUUCUAUUGAAGGUGGCCCUUUUGAUUCCGAGCAGCAAUUCAACGAGUUUAUCCUGGGGGAUAUGAUCAAGUCUGUGCCUGAUUUAUUGCGGCAUUACGCCAAAUUUGCACUUUCAGAUCACCAUCAGAUCGUCUUUACUCAUGCCGAUUUUGCUCCCCGGAACAUCAUCGUCGAGGGAGGCCGUGUGAUGGCUAUUGUUGACUGGGAAUAUGCGGGCUGGUAUCCAGAACAUUGGGAAUACGUUCAAGCGCUUCGAGAACUGAAGCCGAUGCCAGACUGGCCCGAGUAUUUGGCUCGAAUUCUUCCUCCCCGAUUUGAGAAGGAAUACAUAGGGUUGUCAUUCCUGGCUCGUCUGAUGCGCCAUUAA